AUGGCCAUCCUCGAUUCAUCCAUCCUCGACUCAUCCAUCCUCGACUCAUCCAUCCUCGACUCAUCCAUCCUCGACUCGUCCAGUCCCGCAAUCUCAAACAGCACUAGCACCGGCGAGAGCCACACAUCGGCCCAGACGCUCCCAUCGUCGGAUCUGCAGGCUUCGUCGGCGGGCUAUCCCGAGCACCUGCGCAACUCCAUCCAUCGACUCUAUGACGAGCCCCGGCCCAGUCCUUCGCUCUGGACGCUGCUCAAGUCCGCCAUUGGCAAGGAUCUGACCCGGAUCACCAUCCCAGUUUGCUUCAACGAGCCACUGAGCGGCCUGCAGCGCAACUGCGAAGAAAUGGACUACGAUGGGCUGGAUAUCGAGAGCCUGACUCGACUCCAGGGCAGGGAUGCAAGCAUUGCCAGGUUGCUCUUUGUCGGCGCCUUUGCGAUGAGCUGCUACUCCAACUACUCCAGCACCGCCAGCCGAGGGCCCAAGCCGCUCAAGCCCUUCAACCCGCUGCUGGGCGAGACCUUUGAGUUUGUCGACCGAGAGCGGGAGUUCCGGUUUCUGACCGAACAAGUCUGCCACCAUCCGCCUGUUAGCGCAUCGUGCUGCGAAUCGCCCUACUAUACGCUCUGGUCGGAGGGCCAUGUCCAGAGCCAGUUCUGGGGAAAGCACAUCGACAUCCAUCAGCUCGGCACAACCCAUGUCUCGCUGCCCCCCGAGACAGGCCAGAUGCGCUGUGUUGGGUCCGAGCGAUACACCUGGAAGAAGGUCAAGCUGACUGUCCAGAACCUGCUCGUUGGCAAGCUGAGCAUCGUGUUCAACGGCGACAUGGUCGUCCGCAACUGGCGAACAGGCGACGAGCUCCGGGUCACCAUGAAGCCCACGCAAGUCUCGGGUUGGCUCAAUGAUCGCACGGGUCCUCUGCGAGGGGCCAGCAGCGGGGCGCUUUCCGGGGCAGUUUACAGCUCAGAUGGGCAGAAGCUCUGGACGAUCGAGGGCGACACCACCCAAGAGAUUCGGGCGCAUCCCUGCAGCAGAUUUGGAUUCCCAUCCAGUUUCUCUUCAGCCACUACAUCAUCAUCGUCGAUGUCGGUGUCGGCGUCGGCAUCGUGGCGUCCUCUGGUUCAUCAAGCGGCUCCACGACCACUGACGAUUUGGAGGCAGCGGAACAGCACCGCCGACCGCAGCCCGGCCAACUUUUACUUUACUCCCUUUGGGAUAUCCCUGAACGAUCUGCCCGGGGAGCUCGGUGAGUUUCUGCCACCGACCGACUCUCGGCUCCGCAGCGACCAGCGCGCCAUGGAGAUUGGUGACUGGGACCUGGCCGAGCACGAAAAGACUCGGCUGGAGCAGUGUCAACGACAGAACCGCAAGCGCCUCAUCAGCGACUAUGAGCAGUACGGUGCUUCCUGGUGGAUCCCCCGGUGGUUUGUGCGGGACUGGGACCCUCUGACCAGGGAGGAGUAUUGGCGGUUAACGGGCGAGUAUUGGGAGCACCGCCGACAGAGGGAAUGGCCUGCAUGGGUUGCAUGUACACCGUCGCUGCUGCCGAGAGAUCAAGACAUGCUUCGUUCGAAUGGCACGACGAGCUCCGACAGCAUCAAUGGUGGAUGGACUGGAGCAGGGGAGUCACAAAGGGGAGGCGGUUGGGCAGUUGGGCUGGACCGCUGGAAAGCAAGGUGA